AUGGCAAAUGGAUCCAGGAGGAGAAAUCCCCCCGAAAGAUGUCCCUGUCCUCUGUAUUCCCAGGACUGUCCAGAGGAGAAGCUCCCAGAGAACCAUCAGGAUGAAAAUCUGAUAGAUAUUAAGGUUGAGGUUAAAGAUGAAUCAGAAGAGGAGACGGAUUUAUGGGGCGAUCAGCUGUAUGGACUCGUAGAAAGAAAUCCCGCUGAGAGGUGUCCUCGUUCUCUGCAUUCCCAGAACUGUCCAGAGGAGAAGCUCCCAGAGAACCAUCAGAUGACAAAUCAGGGGAAAUAUCUGACUGAUAUUAAAGUGGAGGAUGGAGAAGAGCAGAUGAUGGGCGAUCCCCCGUGUAAGAGUGAGGUGGAGGAGGACAUUCCAGUCCAAGUGACCACAGAAAAUCUCAGUAGGAACGUUGAAGAAAAUUUCUUGUUAUUACGGAAUUACAAAUCUGAAGAUGAAGAUUUCAUGCAGUGCUCGACACAAGAAAAUCUCAUUACCAGAAAUGUACAUAUUGGACUUCACAAUACUGAUCUGUCAUAUUAUCCGGCUAAGUGUGAGGAACCUUCUCCUGACCAAUCACAGAUUGGUGCCACAAGUACAGAUCAGAAAGAGGAAAAAAGUUUUCAGUGCUGGGAAUGUGGAAAACAGUUUCCAUACCUCUCAGGUCUUUUUAUACACAGAAGAAUUCACACAGGAGAGAAACCAUACUCCUGUUCAGAAUGUGGGAAAUGUUUUACCCGUAAAACAGGCCUUGAUAAACAUAAGAGAAUUCACACAGGAGUGAGACCAUAUUCAUGUUCAGAAUGCGGGAAAUGUUUUACAGACAAACCAAGUCUUGUCAUACAUGAGAGAAUUCACACAAGGGAGAAGCUGUAUUCAUGUUCAGAAUGUGGCAAAUGUUUUGCAGAUAGAGCACAUCUUGUUAUACAUGAGAGAAUUCACACAGGGGAGAAGCCGUAUUCGUGUUCAUUAUGUGGGAAAUGUUUUGCAAAUAAAUCAGGUCUUGUUGUACAUGACAGAAUUCACACAGGAGAGAAGCCGUAUUCCUGUUCAGAAUGUGGGAAGCGAUUUGCAGGUAAAUCAAGUCUUUCUGCACACCAGAAAACUCACACAGGAGAGAAGCCAUACACAUGUUCUGAAUGUCAGAAAUGUUUUACUGAUAAAUCACAACUUGUUAGACAUAAGAGAGUUCAUACAGGAGAGAAGCCAUAUUCAUGUUCAGAAUGUGGGAAGUGUUUUACAAAUAAGUUAAAUUUGGUUAUACAUGAAAAAAAUCACAAAGGAGAGAGGAUGUAUUCAUGUUCAGAAUGUGGGCGAUAUUGUUCAGAUAAAUCCAGUCUUGUUAGACAUGAGAGACUUCACACAGGAGAGAGGCCAUAUUCAUGUUCAGAAUGUGGGAAAUGUUUUAUUUCUACAGCCAGUCUUCGGCAUCAUCAGAGAAGUCACAUUGGAGAGAAGCUAUUUUGAUGUUCUCCUUGGGAAAAUCAAAUCUAAUUUUGGAACACUAAGAGAAUUCACACGGAGAAGAAACUGUAUUCAUGUAUGGAACAUGAGAAAUGUAAUAAGAGAAACAAAUAUGUUUAACCCAUCAGGUUAUUCACAGACAGUGCAGCCAAUAAGAAUUUAGUUUUUUGGGGGGAGAAGUAGAAUUAGCCUGGUUCUUCCACCUAAAUUUAUAUUUACCUAAGAUCAACAGAGAGGAAAAGCAUUGUGGGUAUAAGGAAAAGAAGAGGCUCAUUUACUGUCAGAAGAAUUGUCCCCAUGAAGAAUUGUCCCCAUGAACUUUGCUCCAUCUUACUGCAUUCAUAUCUCCAUAUCUCCACCCACACUGCAGGAGACUCCAGAGCGACUUUCCAUGGAUUUUAUAUUUUUCUUUUAACACGUCGACAUACCAACAGUUUAUUCAAGCAGUAAAUAAAUAUAAAGGUAAUGGAAUUAAAGAAAAUAAUUUAAUUUGCA